AUGCGCGUCCUCUCGCGCCAUCCGGUCCAGGCGCACCCUCCCUCCGAGCUGCCACCCCUCUUGCUUCCUGGAGCCCAAGUGGUCGCUCCGAAGGCGGGUCUUGGAAAGUUUGCGCCGGGACGGCGCUGCGCCGGCCGGCGGGUGAAAUGCAGCAACCCGCCCUUCGCCCGGCACCCCUCCGCCCAGCUCUCCUACAGCGCCAGGAGCCGGUGCGACGGCUUCGCCCUGGCCACCUGCUGCUCUGUGCUGAACUACACGGACAGUUCCCCAGACUGUGACUCUCUCCCUGCCUCCGUCCCUUUGCUCCUGCUCUUGAAGAUGCUGAGCUUGAAGCUCCCGAGGCCGCUCAGCAUAGACCAGAUGCCCCAGGUGUUCCAUGAGCAGGGCAUCAUCUUUGGCUACCGGCACCCGCAGAGUUCGGCCACUGCCUGCCUUCUCAGCCUUUUCCAGAUGAACAAUGAGACCCUCAACAUCUGGACUCACUUGCUGCCCUUCUGGUUCUUCAUGUGGAGGUUUGUGACUGUGCUGUAUGUGACAGAUGUCCAGAAUGACAGCUACUCCUGGCCUCUGCUUGUGUACAUGGGCACCAGCUGCGUGUACCCCUUUGCAUCCAGCUGUGCACACACCUUCAGCUCUAUGUCCAAGAAUGCCCGACACAUCUGCUACUUCCUGGACUAUGGUGCUGUUAACCUCUUCAGCCUGGGCUCAGCCGUUGCCUACUCUGCAUAUACCUUCCCCGACACGCUGGUGUGCACCACCUUCCAUGACUACUACGUGGCCCUGGCUGUGCUGAACACCAUCAUCAGCACCGGCCUCUCCUGCUACUCCAGGUUUCUUGAAAUCCAGAAGCCCAGGCUCUGUAAGAUGCUUCGUGUCCUUGCCUUUGCUUACCCCUACACCUGGGACUCCUUCCCCAUCUUCUACAGGCUGUUCCUGUUCCCCGGGGAGAGUGCACAGAACGAAGCCAGCAUGUACCAUCAGAAGCACAUGGCCAUGACCCUCCUGGCCUCCUUCCUCUACUCCGCACACCUACCUGAGCGCCUGGCUCCCGGACGCUUUGACUACAUCGGUCACAGUCAUCAGCUGUUUCAUGUGUGCGUGAUCCUGGCCACACACAUGCAGAUGGAAGCCAUACUUCUGGACAAGACCCUGAGGAAGGAAUGGCUGCUGGCCUCCUCCAGGCCCCUUUCUUUGCUCCAGAUCACCGGAGCCAUACUUCUGUGCAUCGUCUUCACCCUCAGCAACAUCCUUUAUUUCUCAGCUGCUCUCUAUCGGAUUCCCGAGCCAGAAUUACAUAAAAAAGAAACAUGA